GCAGGAUGGGGCUGGAGCUGUACCUGGACCUGCUCUCGCAGCCCUGCCGGGCGCUCUACCUCUUCGCCCGCAGCAACAACAUCCCCUUCGAGUUCAAGCACGUGGAGCUGAUGAAGGGGCAGCACAGGACGGAGGAGUUCCGGAAGGUGAAUGUCCUGAUGAAGGUGCCCGCGCUGAGGGACGGUUCUUUCACCUUAGCAGAGAGCAUUGCAAUCCUCCUGUACCUGGCCCGGAAAUUCAAGACUCCUGAUCACUGGUACCCGUCUGACCUGCAGAAAAGGGCUAGGGUUGAUGAGUACCUGUCAUGGCAGCACGUCAACAUUCGUGGGAAGGGGAGCAAGCUGUUCUUAACUAAGGUGCUGCUGCCUCUCCUCACAGGCCAGCCACUUCCUCCAGAGAAACUGGAAGGUGUUACUGAAGAGCUGAACGUUGUCCUGAAGCAGUUUGAGGAGAAGUUCUUGCAGGACAAGCCCUUCAUUGCAGGCAGUGAGAUCUCCCUGGCAGACCUGGUAGCACUGGUGGAGCUCAUGCAGCCUGUAGGUGCUGGCUACAACCUCUUUGAGGAGAGGCCGAAGUUAGCAGAGUGGCGCAGGCGGGUGGAAGAAGCGGUGGGGAAGCAGCUCUUCCAGGAAGCCCAUGAGGGGAUCUUGAAUGCCAAGAACUUGACCGCUGAUAAGAUUGCACCCGAACUGCUGGAGCAUUUCAAGCACCAGCUCCUAAAGCAGGCCAGCCAGAAUUAGGGGCUUAUACUCUUAAGUAAAAUGGAUUAUUUUGUGCAGGCUUUUUGCAGUAUUUCAGCAUUUCUUCUAAAAAUCAUACAGAAACACCAUGCCACAAAAUGCACUUCAAUCACAGCCUUUCCGCAACUUAGAAGGGAAGAAAACUACAUCUUAGACUGCAGUGAGCUGCUUUCCCCUCUUGUCCACUACAGGUAUAUGAGCUGUAGCCCUAUAGGCUUUUCUUUCUUGCUCCAGCACCACUGGAUCUGCUUGAGGACAGAGGUUAUUCGGUCCACGUGGGAACUGGGGCCAGUCAGAACUGCCCUUUCCAUCCCCGUUUUGAGUUUUCCGGGUCGCAGCACCAUAGAAGGGACAAAGGUUUCUUGAGGGUAUGGCAGAGCAGAUCUGUCUGAAACAAGGAAAAAUCAUUGAAAAUGGCUUUCACUUUGCAACAUGCUCAGUGGGAAGAUUUUUGCUCUUUAGUAGAGACCGGUCAGGACGCAGCCCUUGGUGGGGACCCUGCCAGGGCUCUUAGAGCACCUGGCCACUAGAGGCUGCUGCGUCACCCGUGGGAGCAAAGGGACACGGUGCCUAGGAGCGGGGCGGCUGUGCGGGUACCCAAGUGGGGCCUCCAGCUUCUGGGAAGGACGGGGUUAGUCCCGUGAAUAAAAAUCCUCAACCAUAGACUCAUGCUAUACUUUACAAAGAACAGCCUGCACAGCUGAGAAAAGCUGCUUUUCUAGGCGAAGCUGCUCCCUCUGCAAACAGUAUCGGUGCUCUUGUUCCUUUCCAGAGAGCAGCUUUGGCAGCUCGGUGGAAGCCAUUCCAGCCAGGCUCUCUCCGCUGAUGAGCGCUGCCGUGGCUGGGCAUUGCUGGCAGAGGAAGCUGUGCUGGCCAGCCCCGGGGUGAGGGGAGCGCGCAGUAUAUGAGCUGAGUAAUGCCUCAAAUACAGUUAAUGUUCCACUACUCUUCUGUCGGGUCAGAUUCACCAGUAAAGUUAAUGGUUACACUUGCCAUGCAUUGUAGCUCUGUUUGGAUUUGUAAACAGGAUUUGGAAGGAAGCGGCCACUGAUUGAUCCCCCACACCUGUGCAGCACCCUUCGCAACCUCUCGCCUGUGUCCCUUUGUACCCUUCCUGCCUUCCUCUCCUCCUGUCCCUGUGACCUUUCAUUUCCAGGUAUGAGCCGUGAGGAGGGUUUCAGUUUGCAGAACUGGUUUUUUCCCUCCUUGUUAAGCUCUGGUUGUAUCUGGAAGUCCGUUUGCCUCUGCUGGCUGGUUACACCAUCCGCGGAAAUGGCUGCGUAGUAGCUGGGUGUGAGAUGUCAGUCAUCUUAAUGCAAGUCAAGUUACUACAGUGCUCAGAAAAGGUGAAAGUAGCUGCUCAAACCAGUCUCACACAUCCUUUCAGCUGGACCUACUGGUUUUGGGGAAUGAGCCAGCUGGCUCUUUUGCAUUUGUUUCCUGAGUAAACCUGCCCUUCAGUUCAAAAGGGCACCACGAACCACAGCUUGCAACGCCUGUCCCUGUGGGCUGAGCUAAAGCAGCCAAGCAGGCCAGUCCCUUUUACCUUCCGUUCUUCCAACCUGCAGGAAAUCCUAAAUGUCAGCGGUAAAAAAGCAGUUUUGCCCCAAAACUUUCUCAGUUUCAGUGCUGACACAGGCAGAGGAUAUUUGUCUUCUUACCCUAUUUUUUUAAUGUAAGUUUGUCGAGGAGAGGCUGUUGCACUCCAGUUGGCAAAGUUGGUGACAGCAGCUUUCUUCUCGCCCUGAGAGUGCUUGAAUCUUGCGUGGUUGGUGCCUGAGCAGCAACCCCUCUAGAAGCUGCAUUGCUGCUCUGCUGUAGCAGCUUGCCUGCAGUGCUAAACCUAAAGACAAAGGCCUGUUUACGCUGUACCGCCAACCACUUCCUUUCCUCUAUAACUGGCAGCUUACCACAGCCACCAGCUGGGCUUCUGCACACCACUGGAAUAAAGCAGGUGCUUCUUUGCUCCCUCACUAAUGUUGCCCAACCUCGCUGCACGCUCUCCUGUUGGCACAUUUGUACUUUGCCUAACUUCCAGAUUCCUGACAUCCAACUUCUCCCUUUUUUGUAGAGAGCAAACUUCCCCCUACCAGCACAAUAAAUUCCUCACGCAGCUUCUGUUCAAGUAUAAGCAGAGCAGAGAAAGCAUCAAAACCAAGAGCCUAAUCUAUAGAAUGCUAAUCUUGACACACCUCUGCUUGGUAGCAGAGCCCUUCUUGAUGCACAUCUCCCUGCAGAAUCUCAAGAUAGGGCUGCUGUGCAUGCAAAACCGUUGCAUGAGCCAAAGCAAAUAGUGUCUUUUUUUUUUUUUUAUUUAUGAUACUUGCAGCACAAGAGCUCCAUGUAAGAAAGUAUUGAGCCAAUUUUCUGCUUGUUUGAAUAAGGCACAAGUUCCUUAAACGUCACCCAUUGUGUGCUCUUGCAAAGACGUCCACCUUCAAAAACAAGUUGGAACUAUGUUCAGAGCUCGUUGUCUGGCGCUCCUUCACUGCCAGUGUCACAAAGGAUAAACACACUGAUCGGCUACCGCCUCGCUCCAGCACAGUCGUGGUGACAGGAGGAGAUUUUAAAUUGUUUUCACCAUGGUCUUCUCUGUCAGCUCUAAGCCCAUCUGAACUGUAGGUUCACUCUCCCAAUGCUGCUGUGUGUGCAGUGACCAGUGGCCUUUUGGGCCACGCAGGACAAAACACCUCCCCAGAGUAACUCCUUGCAUGGCAAUAGAGUUGUACAACAGAUAAAUCUGCCUUGCUGUUUUUUUCGCUCUAAAUCACAGAGAUAAGGCAUCUCAUCCUUGUACUUUGCCUUUUGCUGUCCCUCCACCUCCCCCAUUUUGUUCAUUUGUGUCAUUUGAUCUUGGCUGGUUCCAGCUCCUAGACCGAGAGCCCCGAGAGCUGCCUGCCAAAACCCAACAGGUUGUGCAAGAGUUUUGCUUGCCUCAGUGCAAGGUCUGUUCGGUGUCCACUCCCCUUUCAGCUGAAUAUGGAGAGGGAUUACACCUCCAGUGACAGUAUAAUGUGCUCUUCUGAUUCAAUUUCCUCAAUUCUUGCCAGGGGCUAUUUGGAAAUAGGUGAGAGCCUGUGAUUUCUAGAGUAAAAUGAAGCUGGGAUAUGCAAAAUGGGGGAAUGUUUAAAAAACAGAUACACAGCCUGAGACAUUUUCUAAACGAUUAAGAAAUAAACUGCAAAACUUACUGCA